AUGGAACAUCGGUGUGACUGCGGUAGAUCACAUGAAGAAGUCGAAUUAGGUAUACAGUACAAUUUGUAUCAAAGAAUAAAUAAAGAUAAUGUUGAAUGCCUCAAUGAGUACGAAGAAGGGUCAGGUGUAACGGUGUUCAAACCAUGGGAAGAACGACUAAACCACGAAAAGUAUGUGGAGAGUGAUGCUGAUGAAGAACUACUCUUCAAUGUACCAUUCACUGGAAAUGUCAAGCUGAAGGGAUUAAUUGUGACAGGUGAUCCGGAUGGUUCUUACCCCACCAAAGUCAGAUUGUACGUAUCCCAAGGAAUAAUGUAUAAAAAUCGUCCGAACAUGACAUUCGACGACACUAGCAUAGAAGCUGAUCAGGAAUUUGAAUUAUCAAGAGACUUGGACGGUACUCAUGAAUAUCCAGUAAGUUGGCAUCAAGAGCUGAAAGUGAAACAGUAUAUCUCGAAAUCUGGCGUCUACAAGAAACAGCAGCAGCAGCAGCAGCAGUAG